GGAGGACUACACGCUUCAUGUUCGGGCGCCUGCGCAGUAGGAACCCCCGAGCCCCUUUAAAUCGAGCCUACGUGCAAAGAUGGCAGCCCGAGUCGACCUGCUCAGAGCCAAAGUAGAAGAAGAACAGGUGAGGGACAGUCUCGACAGGUUCAUUAAAGAGGAGAAGAAGAGGAAGAAGAAGAAGAGGGAGCUGUCGCCGUCGGCUGACAAACGGGAGAAGUGUGUGAAAGAAGCGAAGAAAGUGAAUCUCCAUCACCACCAGCAGCACCAUCACAACCACCACCAGCAGCACCAGCAGCACCAACCCGCCGAGCAGUGGAGCCAGCAGCCGCAUCAGCUGCAACACAACCCGAAACCCCACAAGUUCAGCGCGGAGAAACAUGUCCUGCACAGCCACCACCACCACCAUCACCAUCACCACCACCACGGUCACAGUCUCACCAACGGUACAAAGAACCCGACUGUACCUCCAUCUCCUCCGCCGCGGAACGUACCAGAGCAGCUGCAGAAGAAGCUCGCGGUUCCUCCGCAGCCAGCUGCGCUCUUCACGAUACCGCCUCUCAACCUGGUCAAGGCCAAACCUCAGGAUGUCCACGAGAAGACCCGGGACAAAGACCUGAAGCUGAAGCUCAAGAAGGAAAACACAGAGGCCAAUGUGAACUUGAAGAAAAAGAAGGAGCCAAGGCCCCACAUUGACAACGUCAAGUCUCUAACACUGGAGGAAUAUCUCCUGAAGAAGAAAAAGAAGAAGAAGAAGCACCGUGAGGGUGAGCACGUUGCCAAGAAGAAAGUCCGGUACAUGCACAACAAAGCGGUUCAGACUGUGUGUGCAGGGCUCGGGGCAGAUCUCACCCUGCCCGUCCGCCCUGAUCCGCCUCUGCCUGCUACCGUGAAGCACGAAAGCAAUCGCCCGGCUGGCAGAGACGCUAACUACCAACCCCACCUCCACGCUCUCAAACCCGGACACGCCUCCUUCCUCUCCCACCAAGACCACUACAUCCGCAGCUCCUGCCUGCAGACGGGCACUUGGUGCGGACGCUUCAUGCACGAGGAAAGGCAAGCCAACGGCGGGGGGUUAGUUCUGCACGCUUAUGCUGAUGAGAUAGCGCGGCUCAGCCCGGCUGAGAUGGAAUGCUUCGCCCAGGAGUUUCUGGAGUUGGCCUUCGCUGAGAAGCCUCGAGGUGCAGCCGCAUACGCCUUGGCAGUGGUGCACAGUGCGGCCGCCUUCUUACCUGACUUCCUGGACUACUUCGCCUUCAACUUCCCCAACACACCAGUCAAGAUGGAGAUACUGGGCAAGAAAGACAUCGAGACCACCACCAUUGCCAACUUUCACUCUCAGGUGAGCCGGACUUACUGUUCAGGAACCUACCGGUCCGGACCCAUGAGGCAGAUCAGCUUGGUGGGAGCUGUGGACGAGGAAGUUGGAGACUAUUUCCCAGAGUUCCUUGACAUGCUGGAAGAGUCACCCUUUCUCAAGAUGACCCUACCGUGGGGAAGCCUCUCCAGUCUGAAGCUGGACUGUCGCUCUCAGAGUGACGAUGGGCCCAUCAUGUGGGUACGACCAGGGGAACAAAUGGUACCCACUGCUGACAUGCCCAAGUCUCCAUUCAAAAGACGAAGGUCCAUGAAUGAGAUCAAAAAUCUGCACUACCUGCCGAGGGCCAGUGAACCCAGAGAGGUUCUGUUUGAGGACCGGACUAAGGCCCAUGCUGACCAUGUAGGCCAGAGUUUUGACUGGCAGAGCACUGCUGCUGUGGGGGUACUGAAGGCAGUGCACUUUGGAGAAUGGAAUAACCGACCUCGGAUAACCAAAGACGUCGUGUGUUUCCAAGCUGGGGACUUCAAUGAAGUGGUCCACAGGCUGCAGCUGGAUCUGUAUGAGCCCCCAGUGUCUCAGUGUGUCCAGUGGGUAGACGACGCCAAGCUCAACCAGCUGAGGAGGGAGGGCAUCCGCUACGUCCGCGUCCAGCUCUGCGACGACGACAUUUACUUCAUCCCGAGGAACGUCAUCCACCAGUUUAAGACGGUGUCUGCGGUCUGCAGCCUGGCCUGGCACAUCCGCCUCAAACAGUACCACAGAGAGGGGGAGGGCAAGGAGGAGGAGCGGCGGCCCAAUGAUCUCAGUGCCACCUCAGGGCGAUUCUCUUUCUCCUCUCCUGCCAGGCCUGACACCACCGUAACCCCCUGUGCACGACCACAGGGAGACAACAUCCAAGGUGGCGUGGCCAAGACUGAAGAACCUGAGUUCCAGAGACCGGCAACACCUCCCCAGGAGCCUCAGCCAGCCCCUCCACAGCCCACCAAAUCCGUUCACUUGCCCCCAACAUACCAGGAUCCCCUCCUUUACUUGGAAACAGUCCACUCUGGAUGCCCACCUUCACAAGAGCCCAUCCUUCCACACAGCAGAGUUCCCUAAAUGACCUCUCUGCCCAGUGUGGUAAGAGCCUAUAUGAAGGAAUCGUAGACUAAAACUGACAUCUGUCAAUCAGGAAGCCUUUAAAUUAUUUGUUUUUGUAUCUUUAAAUGUUGAUAAAAUGUUCCCAUAUGUUUCUCAGCCAAAAGGAUUUAAUGGGACUGUGUAACACAUUUUGUUCUUUUUUUAUUUGAUGGCACCUGGAACUCUCUACUGUCUCAUUCAAAAGGUGUGAAUCAUAAAGAAACUAUUAUUUUUAGAUUGAA